GAAAAAGACAUUGAUUUAAUUAAAGACAAGUCACCAGAAUGGUCAGUAUAUGACGAUUGCUAUGGAUCUGAGGGAGAAUUUUGUAAAUCUUGUAGUUGUUCUGUAUGCAAAUGGAAAGGUGAUCCAGGCUGCAUCCUGUUAUGUAAUGGUUGUGAAAAAGGUUUUCAUACGAGAUGUUUAAAGCCUCUGCUUAAAAGAAUACCUGCUAGAAAAUGGUAUUGUAAUGAAUUGAAUGUUUCAAUAAUCCAAUUGGAUAUUAAUGCUCAGCGAAUAGUUGAAAUAGAGAAUACUCUAGUAAUCCAAUCUGAUAUUAACACUCAGGAAUCAAUCCUACAACAUGACAAUUCUCGAAGUUCACUUUUCCUGCACUUAGAGAAUCAAAUCAAAGAUCUAAUUGACCAUGAAGAUAAUAUGUCAAACGAAAAUGAUAUGUCAUUUGAAGACAGUCAGUCUCUACAA